AUGAUAUCUGCUCUGGGACAUUGUGAAGAUUCAGCAUGUUCACAAUCGUCAUCUAGUCAUGAGUUAGUACGAUUAUUUCGAUGUUCAAUACAUUGUGAUCGUUUAUUAUGUUUAUUUCAUUUAAAUGCUCAUAAUGUUCAUUAUGAAGAAGAAAGAAAACAAAAUGAUACUAUUCUUAAUGAACUUCAAAAUUGUUUAACACUUUAUCAAAAAAUAUUUGAACAACAUAUACAAUCAUAUAGAGAACUUGUUCAUCAAGCAUCAACAUUAUUAUUACAUAAUACAUCAUCAAUUGCUCCUAUUGAAAAAAUUCGCCCUGUUUUAGAAAAAAUUCAAAAAGCUAUUGCAAUUUUUCAACAAGACAAAGUUAUUAUUAAAAGCGAAACAGAAUUAGAUGUAACAGAAUUUGAUAUUGAGAAAAUUGAUUCAAAUUUAUCAAAAGAUUUUUCUCUAGUGAAAAAAGAAACGAAUAGUGCAAAAGAUAAUUGUGCGGCAUCUGAUCCAUCAGUAAUUGUUCGACUUGAACGAGUUCAGUUUCAUAAAGAACUCCUACUUGAUUCCAUACCCAAUGAUGGACAAAUAGAUAACAAAGAUGAAAAUUCCAGAAAAUUAAAAGAAUCAAAUUAUGAUUGUUCAACUGAGUCAAUUAGUACUGGCGGAGACGUAUCAAAUGUAUUGAGAACACGUAUAUCAAAUGAUGAAAAUCAACAACAAAAUAAUAAACGAUCUCGUAUUUUAUCACCUGUUUCUUCUGAAAAGAAACAAAAAGCAGGACAAAAAAAAACUUAUCAAAAAUUUAUUAAUCAAGUUCGAUCAACAUUAAAGUCGGAUCGAGAUAUACAAUGUAAACAUAAAGAAUAUCGUUUACAACAAGAUUUAGUAGCAGCAGAAUUACGUCAAUCAUUAACAGAACUUAAAAAUGAAAAAUAA